UGGUACAAAAACCUGAGGGAGGCCACUUCCUCUAAUAUGACUGUCAAACAUUGGCAACCUUUUCCUGUGAGUGCAGGCCUGGGGCUUGUUGUGCUUUCAAAUAUUUGCUCUGUCUCCAUCUACUGGAAAGAAAUGUUGCACUGACCAGUAUCUAGGCUAGACUGAGUUCAGAGGCAUAGAGGAGACAACCAAAAUAGCUAAUCGGGGCCCAAAUUUAUUUAUCCUCCGUCUCGGAAUUUGGCUCUUUUCGGCGGUGGUUGACAAAUCAAAGAAAUGAGGGCUUUAGGGAUUUAUCUGCAUUUCAGAUUUCCAUAUAUUGCUGCAUUUCCUCCCCACCGCAAAUACUGACAGCUGCAGCCCGGAGAGGAGUCCCGCUGUCCCGUGGAAUCAUCACGGCACCGAGGCGAGAUACGCAUGGAACAUGGCUGCUAUGAGGACUUUAACCGCGGCAGGUCUCUUUUUGGCAUUCUGCGCUUUGGGACUGAUAGCAGUAGCGAUCAGCACUGACAACUGGUACGAGACUGACGCGAGGAGGCACCGGGAGCGCUGCAAGAAUUAUUCAAACAAAAGAAACGACCCCGGCUACAUUUACAUCUCCAACAACAACCUUCCACUUCGCAUGUUGCCAAAGGAGAAAAAUGUGGAGAUGAAGGGCUCCAGUGUCAGCGGCGAAAUGCAGCUGCGGGCUAAGCGGCACUUCUUGCCUCCUGCCCCGGCCAUGGAGUCCGUCUGCAGUCGGCAGUACAACUCCACCAUCACCGGACUGUGGAGAAAGUGCCACCGAGAGGGAUUUGACUUGGAGACAGAGGAUUUGAUCUUUAAAGGAUUGGUUCCGCGCUGCACACAGAUAAAAUACUACUACUCAUCAUCAGCGCUGCCCAGAAAUCUGCCAAUCAAUCUGACGAAGACAAUAAGGCAGGAUGAGUGGCACGCGCUCCACCUCCAGAGGAUGACUGCCAGUUUCGUAGGCAUGGCCAUAUCCAUCAUUCUGUUCGGCUGGAUCAUAGGCGUGCUGGGCUGCUGUAAGGAGCAUGAUCUGAUGCAGUAUGUCGCUGGACUUCUCUUCCUCAUGGGAGGGACAUGCUGCAUAAUCUCCCUUUGUACAUGUGUGGCUGGGAUCAACUUUGAACUGUCCCGCUAUCCUCGCUACAUGUUUGGAAUACCAGAGGACAUCAGUCACGGUUAUGGUUGGUCCAUGUUCUGUGCGUGGGGUGGACUGGGCCUUACGUUGCUGGCUGGUUUCCUGUGUACACUCGCUCCGUCCCUCUACCCUCCACACACCCCUGUGGUGCACAAGCCCAGGCAGGAGAACGGCUGCGUGUGACAGGCCGCCGCACACCUGACAGACACCUGUCUCAUCCGGAAACAGUGACGAGCCCUGUUCCAGAGACAGUUUUACCCAGGGACUCGAGCAGAGAGAGCCUCCACACAGCUUGGCACAGACAAAACACAGGACACAGGGCUCUCGCUCACAUGAAAAUGAAAAAGAGGUGACAUUUGACUGAAGACGAUUUCAGUUCCUCUGGUGCUUUUUUUCUGUCCCUCUUUAUGAACAAACUGUUCAGUGUUAUUGCUUGCUCUUCAAGAGGAGAAUAGUUAUACACAUUUUCUUCCUGUAAAAUCUGCUAGUUUAAGAAGAAAAAAAGAAACACUGGCAGAAGAUCAAUAGCACAACUUUAAAAUCUGUGUUGAAGAUCAAACUAUGGAUGUGUACCGUCGCAUUUCAAAGGGCAACUGUGUAUGAUUAUGUACCCAUUCAAAAGAAGAUAUGUACAUGUAUUAUAUGUAUGCAGAUGCAUUUGUGUUUAUUCAAGGAAAAAUAUGAGCAUUAAGACCAAACUGUGGUUGAGGGAAAUGUUUUGCUGUUCUUGAGGUCUCACCCCCAUCAACAUAUUUUCGAAAAAUAAAACAGCCAUGCAAAACGUUUUUUUUUUGCCUCUGUAACACACUGAACAGAUAUCAUAUAAACGUUGCUGUUGCGUCUUUUCUCUUGCAUUAUGGCAUGAGCUCCCUGGUAUGUCAGCAGGCAGAGAGGCUAAAACCUUUACAGCAUUAUUUUUAAAACAGCAGCUGUUUAUAUUUCUGUUAGUGCUACAAGCAGUCUGUUUUAUUCAACCACUUCUGAACACUUAAAUGUGCAAAUGCCAGUGACCAGAACUUGAGUCAGUGACCAAAAACUGACAAAAAUAAAGCUAUCUAAAUAAAAUAAAACAGAAAAAGUGAAGUAAUUGUCUGCUGUGCAUUACAGUGAAAUAAAACUUCCUUUAAUAAACAUCAAUGAGCCAUAAAAAACAAAUGAAAUCCAGAUAACUAUAACAAAAGCUCUCUGAUCGCAUACUUUAUUCUGACAGCAGCACAAGUUUGUACUUGUAUUAUGACUGAUUACUAUUAAAAGGUUUUUUUUUCUAUUGACAACAUGCAUACCAGCCACUGUGAGCUGUAAUUACUUUCCCACAACUUUCAUGAGAAAUUAAAUCUUUCUGACAUCUAAUUCUAAA